AUGCCCCUCCUCCGCUACAACCUAGCCCCGACCCUAAACGGGUACAUCGCUUCCCUGCCCUCGCACUCCACCCCCUGGAUCGUCGAAGACGCCACAAUCGACUUCCCGGCCCUCUACGACGAGUUCUCGUCCUUCGUCAUGGGCCGCAAGACCUACGAGACCUUUCUCAAGCUGGCCGAGCUCGAGCCGGGCGUCAACGCGAACCCGCUUGCCGGUCGGCCGAGGGAGAGCGUGGUCGUCUUUUCGCGGGACGAGGGUUUCAAGAGGGAGUUUGGCGGGGUGCUUACUGUUGUGGAUGGGGAGGAGGGGGUUGAGGUUGUUAGGCGGUUGAAGGAGGGGUCGGAGGGGGGAAAGGACAUUUGGCUGAUGGGUGGCGGGGAGCUGGCGGGGUUGUUGAUGACGCGGGGCCUGGUGGAUGUUGUGGAGGCGGCGAUUAUGCCGGUUGUGGUGACGGAAGGAGUGAAGAUGUUUGGGGAGGGGAAGGCUGGAGACGGGGACAAGGGGGAGGCUGGGUGGAAAUUGGUCUUGGAGAAGGUGGAACAGUUGAAGACGGGGAUCUUGAUGACGCGGUAUAAGGUGCUUUAUGACUGA